AUGUCUUGUUAACGAAUCACAGUAACUAAGAAGGGAGUUGAAUUGUAAGAGUAAUUAAGGGAGAUUUUGAAGAAGAACUAAAAGAUUUUGAAGUUAGAACAUAGACAAGGUGUAUUAAAAUAAAUAAUAUUAUAUAGAUAGUUCUGGUGAUCUAUUAAAAAGAUAGAAUAUAGGUAAGGAAUAAUUUGGAGGAUAUAUUGAUCUUCUAGAACAAAGGUUGAAUUCUCCAGAGAAAAUUAAAGUGUUUCUGAAUUAGAGAUUUAGCAAUUAACCUAAAUUUAUAUAAAAGGAAGUUGAGAAAGUUAGUUAGAAAAUCUACAAUUAUGGAAAUUCUUAGUUUAGAUCACAUCAUUCAUUACCUUCUUUAGAUUUUAGAUAGGUCUAAUAACUAAAGACUAAGUAUAGUGAUGGAUUUUGGAAUAGUUAAAAUCUCUCAAUGACUGGAAAUACGUGUAAUAUAUUUGUAUUUGAGUAGUCUUCAAGCCUAAAGACGAGGAAAUCAAAACGAGGAAGAUCAAUUAUCUAAUGUUUUAAGAAGCCAAAAUUGAAAGAAUGAUAACAAAAUAUGAUAAAUUUAAUGAGAAAGCCUAAUUUAUUCCAAGUUUUGAAAAAGGAAAAUAGAAAAACUUGAAUUUAGCCACUGAAUUAUUGAAAGCUAUGGAAAUCAAGGACACUGAAACUAGAGUUGAAUCUAUCCAAGAAAUAAAUUAGAAACAUGCUUAAAAUCUAGAUUUAAUGGAAUAUAACAGUUAAAGAAGAGAAAGAUUUCAUUAAACAAUGACUGAAUUACAUAAUAAAAAAUAUAAACGUUAUUGGGACAAUCUAAGAGUAGGCAAAUGA